UAUGUACAAUGAACACCACGUUGUGUAUAGAUUAUUUAACUUUCUCACACGCGCCGCUCAUCUCUUUCACUCUCCAUAUAGAGUAUUUUAUUAAAGUUUUCCAUAAUUAACAAUCAAAUUGUUUAUUACGUCUUCUUUUGUGAUAAUGUCAAUAACUAUGCUUGAAAACAAUCAAGAUAAUGAUUGUGUAAUUUAUAAUAGCAUCUCACCACUACUAAAAAUUAAAUUACAUAUUGCUGGUCCAGUUGUUCUUCACGCAAUAGCACAUACAAAAUUACAAACACCGUUUGAAAAAAUAUCUGGUGGCAAGUCAUUAGAAUUAUCUGAUAAUGAUAAUGACGAAGAGGAUGAAGAAUCUAAUCUUAUUGAAGAUGAUUUAGAAUAUUUAAGAUCUCUUGAUCCUAAAGACUGGAAAAAUCAAGAUCAUUAUGCAGUUUUAGGAUUAAAAAGAUUUCGAUUUGAAGCAUCGGAAGAUCUUAUUAAACAAGCAUAUAAACAAAAAAUACUCAAACAUCAUCCUGAUAAACGGAAAGCAAUGGGAGAAGAAAUACGUCCUGAUGAUGAUUAUUUUACGUGUAUUACUCGUGCUUGGGAGAUGUUAGGUAAUCCAACAAAGAGACGUAGUUAUGAUAGCGUAGAUCCAUUCUUCGAUGAUACCGUUCCUGAUGAAAAAGAUGCAAAAAUUGAAUUUUAUGAUACGAUGGGUAGAGCAUUUGAAGAUAACGCACGAUGGUCUGUAAAACAACCUGUACCAUUACUUGGUGAUCAAGAUACUUCAAGGGAAGAUGUAGAAAAGUUUUAUUCAUUUUGGUAUGACUUUGAAUCUUGGCGUGAAUAUUCUUAUCUUGAUGAAGAAGAUAAAGAGUCCGGUCAAGACCGUGAUAUGAGAAAAUGGAUUGAAAAAAAAAACAAAGCUACCCGCUCUAAAAGAAAGAAAGAGGAAAUGGCAAGAAUACGUUCUCUUGUCGAUACUGCAUAUGCCGUAGAUCCUCGUAUUAAAAAAUUCCAACAAGAAGAUAAAGAUAAAAAAUUAGCUGCUAAAAGAGCAAAACAAGAAGCUGCUAAAGCUCGUCAAAUGGAAGAAGAAAGGUUAGCAAAAGAGGCUGCACGAAAAGAACGUGAAGAAAAGGAAAAACGUGAAUUAGAGGAAAAAGCUCGACAAGAUUUAUUAAAACAAGAACGUGAAGCAAUGAAAAAAGCUUUAAAAAAAGAACGAAAAGCUUUAAGAGAUGUUUGCAAAACUGGAAAUUAUUUUGCUGAUAAUCCUCAAGAAAGUAUCAAACAUAUGGAAAGUGUAGAGAAAAUGUGUGAAUUAUUUAAAUUAAAUCAAUUGGAAGAAGCAAUUAAAGAAAUACAGUCCCAAGGUCGAGAUGGCUUUCUUCGAAUUAUAAAUGAAACAGAAAGUAAAAUUGAAGCUGAACGACGUGCAGCUUCAGCAGAAGGAAAUCCAUCAGAUUCACGCAAUCCUUUAGAAAAACAAGUAAAAGCUCAUCUUGUUCCUUGGUCGGAACAUGAUCUUCAAUUAUUGAUCAAAGCAGUAAAUCUUUUUCCCGCUGGUUCAAAUCAACGUUGGGAAGUCGUUGCCAAUUUUAUUAAUCAACAUUCUAAUAAUGGCACUAUUCGUGAUGCAAAAGAAGUUUUAGCUAAAGCUAAAGAUCUUCAAUCUACUGAUUUUAGUAAAUCAAGCCUCAAACAGCAAGCAAAUACAAAAGCUUUUCAAAAUUUUAUUACUGAAAAAAAAAAUAAAGAACCUAUUAAUGAACGUAUGCCUGCAGUAGUGACAGAAAGAUUAGAUUCUCCUAUUAAAAAUUCGGAAUCUAAUCAACCCAAAACUAAUGAAAAUAAAUCAUCGCCGCCAUGGACUCCUUCUGAGCAAAAACUUCUUGAACAGGCAUUAAAAACUUACUCUAAUAUAACAGAAGCGCACGAACGAUGGGAUCUAAUAUCAAAUUGUAUACCUACUAGAACGAAAAAAGAAUGUAUGAGACGAUAUAAAGAACUCGUGGAACUUAUAAAAGCAAAAAAAGCAGCACAAACUACAUAAUGAAUACAUUUUAUUUAGCCUAAAGUAUUAUUAAAUUAAUUGAAUAAAUUGAAAAGUGUACUGAAAAAUCAUCUAAUUGUGCAUUCAAUUUUAUUCAAACUAUCAAAUACGUUUGCGGUCAAGUGCGGUCUGUAUAUUAGCAUGUAUCAUAUUGAUUAUUGAAAUAUACAUUGUAUAUAUGUAUAUAUAUAUAUAUAUAUAUGCAUAUUUGAAUAUAUAUAUAUAUAUGUAUAUAUAU